UGCGUGCGUCGGCCGAGACUUGGCAGUGGCCACGUGUCUGAGAACCCCAAGUUUGACUCACUGUUCCCUUUGGAGAGUGCCGCCUGGUAUCCCUCUAGCGCUGCAUUCCCAAGUCCUGUUUCGGGAGAGGGGGUGUGGCGGGGAAGGAUGCGAAACUCCGUUCCUCUGCUCUGCCUCUGGAGCGUCCAUUGUUGCUUUGCGGCGGGAAGCCCCACACCCCCCGGUCCGGAGGGACGGCUGCAAGAUGAGCUCCGUACGCCCAGGAAUGUACAGAUUGUUGCCAAACCUCUCGUGAGAUUUAACCUCCGCACCUCUGGGGACUCAGAACACGAAGGAUGCUACCUCUCCCUCGGCCACAACCAGCCCUUGGAAGACUGUGGCUUCAACAUGACAGCCAAAACCUUUUUCAUCAUUCACGGAUGGACGAUGAGUGGCAUGUUUGAAAAUUGGCUAUACAAGCUUGUGUCCGCCCUGCAGAUGAGAGAGAAAGAAGCCAAUGUUGUGGUGGUUGACUGGCUUCCCCUGGCCCACCAGCUCUACACAGACGCGGUCAAUAACACGAGGGUGGUGGGACACAGUGUUGCAAGGAUGCUCGAUUGGCUGCAGGAGAAGGAUGAUUUUUCUCUUGGGAAUGUUCACUUGAUCGGCUACAGCCUCGGAGCCCACGUGGCAGGGUAUGCUGGCAACUUCGUGAAAGGCACGGUGGGCAGAAUCACAGGUUUGGAUCCUGCCGGGCCGCUGUUUGAAGGGGUGGACAUCCACAGGAGGCUGUCCCCCGACGACGCGGACUUUGUGGAUGUCCUCCACACCUACACACGUUCCUUCGGCUUGAGCAUCGGAAUUCAGAUGCCCGUGGGCCACAUCGACAUCUACCCCAACGGGGGUGAUUUCCAGCCGGGCUGUGGACUCAAUGAUGUCUUGGGGUCAAUUGCGUAUGGAACAAUCACGGAAGUGGUGAAAUGUGAGCACGAGCGGGCCGUACACCUCUUUGUUGACUCCCUGGUGAAUCAGGACAAGCCGAGUUUUGCGUUCCAGUGCACGGACUCAAAUCGCUUCAAAAAGGGGAUCUGUCUCAGCUGCCGCAAGAACCGUUGUAACAGCAUUGGCUACAAUGCCAAGAAAACCAGGAGUAAGAGGAACAGCAAAAUGUACCUCAAAACCCGGGCAGGCAUGCCCUUCAGAGUUUACCAUUAUCAGAUGAAAAUCCACAUCUUCAGCUAUAAGAAUAUGGGAGACAUCGAACCCAACUUUUAUGUCACCCUUUAUGGCACCAACGCAGACUCCCAGAUCCUGCCUUUGGAAAUAGUGGAGCAGAUCGGGCUGAAUGCCACCAACACCUUCCUGGUCUACACCGAGGAGGACCUUGGAGACCUCUUGAAGAUCAAACUCACCUGGGAGGGGGCAGCUCAGUCCUGGUACAACCUGUGGAAGGAGCUUCGCAGCUACCUGUCCCAGCCCCGCAGCUCUGAGCGGCAGCUGAACAUCAGGCGCAUCCGGGUCAAGUCUGGGGAGACCCAGCGGAGGUUGACCUUUUGUGUGGAAGACCUUGACAACACCAGCAUAUCCCCCGGCCAAGAGCUCUGGUUUCACAAGUGUCGGGAUGGCUGGAGAAUGAAAAAUGAAACCAGCCCAACUGUGGAGCUUUCCUGAGGGGCCAGUGAGGCCCACUUGCACCCGCCUUCCAGACACAUGGAGGAAAGUUACUGCUGAGGACCCACCUGAUGGAAGGACCCCUCUUGGCCUUGACCCUCAGGCACUGGCAAGAGACUGUUUGCUGGGCCCAGGACCUUACCUCCUAUGACUGUUGGGACUUCUCGCCGGAGGGGACCAUACGCUGCUGUUCCUGCUGUUCCUGCUGCUCUAGAAUUGCUCUAACUCCAGACCUGUGUGCGAAGGGUCGGAUGCCCGGGCCUCCGGUGCACACUGCACUGGUUUCUGGGUGACUGGAUGAGCCUGUGCUUCGCCUGACAGCGGACACUUGUGAAAGCACAUGGAGGACUGUCAGCUGCCUGAUCUGAAUGGUGGGGAGAGGUCUUUCCACUGGGAGCUGACUUGUGUCAGGAUGGCAGACCCAUGAUCUCAUUUGGCCAGAGGGAGGGGAGUAUAGAUGUGGGGUGGUGGCGAGGCCCUCACUGUUGGGGUUUGGUGGGCUGCAUUGAUCAAUAAUCAUUACAUUGCAGGCAUUCCGUCCUGCUCCCCAGCUUACUCUCUAAAGCACACAUCGUUGGGUGUCUUGGUUUUCCUGUUGCUUAAUGUUUGAUGGGACAGAUGUUUAUUAAGCACUUAAACUUGAUUAGCAUGAGGCAGUAGACGCAUUAGUAAACCUUUCCAGACUUGGAAUCUAAUGGAGUUGGGAUUUCUAGUCUCCCUUCCAGUUUAGAUGAUCCAUGAAUAUACAUGGGAUGAAGGGCACAAUGGACACCGGGAGGGCUACAGGGUCUAAGCCUCGGGGAUCCGAGGCUUGAAGUGGUUUCAGCUAUUUCUUGUUACUCAAUGUGCACACUCCUUGUAAGAGCGACAUGUUUGAUCACUUGCAUGGAAAGAGCAGAGUGCCACACGUGCUGGGGAUGGAACCGUGGCCCAUCUCCAAAUGCGAUUGCUUCAGAGCAAAAUCUCUUCUGCUUGGGGAGGUAGAAGGCAUCAUAUAUCUGUUAUACGUAUCUGUUCCUACAGAAACCAGCACCUGUCAAACAGAGCUGGCGCUAAGAUUCAAUAGAAUGCCUUUUCCUCCGUGGAAUAUCUUGCUCUAAUAGCAGCGCCUUCUCUGUGUUGAACUUAGAAAAGCCUCCAAUUGUAGCUCUUGACAUAAAUGAAUAUAUGCGAUAUCUGAGAAACUGGUUUAUACUUUUCAAAAGAUUUGCAUGUGCAUCACUUCGCUGGAGACUCACAAGAGGAGCGCAAGGCAGCUAAUGUCUGUUUUACAACACGAAGGCUUAAUGAGGUUCAGCCACAUGCCUAGAUUUAUAUCCCAGGUCGGUGGUGGAGCCCGGUGAGGACCCAGAUUUCCUGGAGGCAAAGCCUGUGGUAUGUUCAUUUCUGCAACUUCCUCAAGAUGUCUACAGCCUUUUCACCCCAAUAUGCCUCAGAGGUGACAAGCAAGGAGCUGGUUUUUGGAGGCAUCCAUUAAACCAUAAACCCUUAUAUUAGUAUAUAGCCAGGAGAAUAAGAGGUUGGGCUUUUUCUGGACGAGAUUUAUUUGGAAGGAGGUGUGAUGUCAAAUAGGGGAGAAGGGUGAUUUUUCUUUGUACUUAGGUUUUUCGAAAGAUGUUGUUUUAACCUGUGUUGUGCCAAAGUUGUGUAAUUUUCAAUGCCAAACUUUUGAAGACGUAACCAGUCAAGUCUUAGUUCAAGGUGUUUUCUUAAAUUGUGUGCUUCUUCUGUUGCUUCUGUGAAUGCUUUCUAACCAAAGUGGAGCUUCUGUUAUUGGCCAUGCCUCCUGAUUACUUCUGCCUUCUGUUUUUAGGAAUGGAAGCCUCGGGAAUCACAUCCUCAGUGGGUCCUGUAUCUAUACAUUUGGCUUGAAGCCUUAGUUGUAUAUAAUGAUGCUUUUUUUUUUUUUUUAACA